UACGUCCUGCAAUCAUCUACAGAUCGGACCGCUCCGUUUUGUUCCUUACAGUUUUUGACAAAAAAAAAAAGAAAAAAAAAAACGCGUAAGUCUCAGACGCGAAUAUUAAAUGUAGGGGUUAACCACUGACUCACUAAUUAAAAUUACGCAACGACGACGACGAAGUAGAGUUGACUUGAAAAACACAGAAAAUACAAAUUUGAAACCCCCACACGACGUGUCACGAUUAAAGAUCAGUUUUGAUAAUGGAGGUUAAAGUGGAAGACGUUGCGGGUAUAUGCUGUGCUGUACGUGUAAAUUUGCGAGCGCUGGCCGUUGGAGUGGAAAAGUGGGGUUGGAGGAGUGAGUGACGUUAUCUGGUAGGAAGAGAGAGAGAGAGAGGGAGGGAGAGAGAGACGCUGGACUCCAUUAGGCUAGCCCCGCCAGCGCCGAGGAAGCACUCCGAGUCCGGGCUGCUCCGCUCCUCCCGCGCCCUUGUCUCUCCACCGCGCACAGCUGUUGCAUGCGUUGAAGAGGGACUACUUUUUCCAGAACCAGCCAGGCUCAGGGAAGUACAAGUUGUGUUUUGCGGCGCUUGGAUUGUCGCGUUCGUGAAGAAGGAUGGCCCUGGACGGUAUUCGGAUGCCCGACGGCUGCUACGCCGACGGCACGUGGGAGCUGAAGAUGCACGUGACCGACCUGCACAGGGACGUGUCGCUUCGGGUCACGGGGGAGAUCCACAUCGGAGGGGUCAUGCUGAAGCUCGUGGAGAAACUUGAUGUGAAGAAGGAUUGGUCUGAUCACGCUCUGUGGUGGGAGAAGAAGAAGACAUGGCUUCUGAAGACUCACUGGACACUUGACAAAUAUGGGAUACAGGCAGACGCGAGGUUGCUGUUCACCCCCCAGCACAAGCUUCUUCGCCUGCAGUUGCCCAAUAUGAAGCACAUGAAAGUCAAGGUCAAUUUCUCAGACCGAGUUUUCAAAGCCGUGUCUGACAUCUGCAAAACCUUCAAUAUCCGCCACCCUGAGGAGCUCUCUCUCCUACGUAAGCCACGGGACUCCAAGAAAAAGAAGAAAAAGCUUGAGGAAACUGAAGAAGAGGCUCUAGAGUUGGAAGGACCGCUGCUUACUCCUGGAUCAGGCUCUGAGGUUAUUUACAUCGGACCUGUCAAAGGGAGCAUCUACUCAAGUCCUGGACUCUAUAGCAAGACCAUGACACCUACCUAUGACUCUCGAGAUGGAAGUCCACUGUCUCCUACUUCAGCUUGGUUUGGGGACAGUCCUCUAUCUGAGGGCAAUCCAAGCAUCCUGGCAGUCAGUCAACCAAUAUCUUCACCUGAUAUCUUAGUUAAGCUGUACAAACCUCAGAGUUUUCUGGACAAAGCCAAGAUUAAUCAGGGGUGGCUGGACUCAUCAAGAUCUCUGAUGGAACAAGAUGUCAAAGAGAAUGAUGUGCUUCUCCUACGAUUCAAGUACCACAGUUUCUUUGAUCUCAAUCCCAAGUAUGAUGCCAUUCGAGUGAAUCAGCUCUACGAACAAGCUAAGUGGGCCAUUCUGCUGGAGGAAAUUGAGUGCACUGAAGAGGAGAUGAUGAUGUUUGCUGCCCUGCAGUACCACAUCAACAAGCUGUCCAUCAUGUCAUCAGACAAUCACAUGAACAACAGUGAGAAGGAAGUGGAUGAAGUAGAUGCGGCCUUGUCUGACUUGGAAAUCACACUGGAGGGAGGAAAGACAUCCAAUACACUGGGGGACAUCACAUCCAUACCUGAACUUGCAGAUUAUAUAAAAGUGUUCAAACCAAAGAAACUGACACUUAAGGGCUAUAAGCAAUACUGGUGCACGUUCAAGGAUAUCACAAUCUCCUGCUACAAGAGCCGGGAAGAAGCUCAUGGAACCCCAGCUCACCAGAUGAACCUGCGAGGAUGCGAGGUGACACCAGAUGUGAACAUUUCGGGUCAGAAAUUCAACAUCAAGUUGCUAAUCCCUGUGGCGGAUGGCAUGAAUGAGAUCUGGUUGCGAUGUGACACUGAGAAGCAGUAUGCCCACUGGAUGGCCGCUUGCCGCCUAGCCUCCAAAGGGAAAACUAUGGCAGACAGUUCUUACAACCUAGAGGUGCAGAACAUCCUGUCUUUCCUCAAGAUGCAGCACAUGAACCCUGAUCCCCAGUUCAUUGCUGAACCUAUCAACACUGAUGUGAAUCCAGAGUGCCUGGUAUCUCCAAGAUAUCUCAAAAAGUACAAAAACAAACAGCCAGGCUAUGUAAGGGACUUGAUCACAGCCCGGAUCCUGGAGGCACACCAGAAUGUAGCCCAGAUGAGUCUGAUUGAGGCCAAGAUGCGCUUUAUUCAAGCGUGGCAGUCCCUGCCAGAGUUUGGAAUCACACACUUUUUGGCCAGAUUUCACGGUGGGAAGAAGGAUGAGCUAAUUGGUAUCACAUACAACAGACUAAUUCGUAUGGAUGCCAGCACUGGAGAUGCCAUUAAGACCUGGAGGUUCAGCAACAUGAAGCAGUGGAAUGUUAACUGGGAAAUAAAAAUGGUCACGGUGGAAUUUGCAGAUGAGCCGAGCCUGUCGUUCGUCUGCGCAGAGGUAGACUGCAAGGUGGUGCAUGAGUUCAUCGGGGGUUACAUCUUCCUUUCCACACGUGCCAAGGACCAGAAUGAAAGUUUGGAUGAGGAAAUGUUCUACAAGCUGACCAGCGGCUGGGUCUGAUAUUCUCUGUUUGGUGCAGGAGGGUUACUAUUGGUUUAGGUGUAUGCUUUUUUUUUUUUUCCUUUAAAAAAAAAAAAACCUCUGUGUUCAUGUUGUUGAGCACAUAACACUAAUCUGCCUAUGCAGUUCAGACUCAAGAACAGUGGGGAAGCCAUAUUUCCCUUUGUAAGUUUACUUCAGCCAGGAACCAGUCAUCCAGAAGGCCCUGCUCAGUGCUUUCCCAGUUAUGGGUUUUGAAUUUUGGAAGGACCUUAAUGCAUGUUUUGUCUUUCUAUCAGUAAGUGGAUCAGUCAGUUCCCAUGUUCUUCAAGAGUCUGUUUCUUCCCCAAAAACCCUUGAUCUUAUUUUAUAUCAGCUUUAAUAACCCUGUACUCUUUGUGCUUACGUCCAGCCAGAAACACAUUUAAUAAGAUGUUGAUUUAUUUAUUUGUCUAACUUUUAAAUACCUUUGCCACCUUUCUGCCCCGUGCUAAUUUGUUUGGAUGUUUUCUGACUGUUUCCAAGUGAUUCACAAUCGUAAAAUGAUCUCACUUCCUCCGGUGAAUUUAUGGUUCUCUGGUGAGCAUAUGUAACACCCUUCCCAAAUUGUGCAUGAACAUAUCUAGGUUGACAUGCACCUUAAAUGUCAACUAAGAAUAAUAGUAUUAUUGGUGAGGCAGGUCAAAAUUAUGAAGAUUAGUUUCAGCCUUUGGAUGAAGGAUUGUUUUUCUCCAGUUAAUAUGAAGUAAUUUUGUAGCACUUCGAUAAUGUAAUGAAGUUUAAUUUGCAAGUAAGCUGUUUCAGAACACUUUAAUGGAGAAUGAAGUAUUGGUACAGGAAGACCUCCGUUUAUGAAGUUAAAUGCUAAAAUGCUAAUUUUUAAAAAAAUUUGUUUUCUUAACCUCAGGCAAUCUCAUGGCCUUAUACCUUAGUUUAACCAGUUUUCUGUCUCCCAGGGUUUGAUGAGUUGGAAGUGGAACUUUGGUUCCCACACUUGAUGUGAGCAGAUAAGUUUGUGUUAGCUAGGGUUAGAAGCCCUGAUAUCGAUACCCAUCUCCAUCUCGCCUGUGACUUAACUGUAUCUUCGUUUUUCCCUCUGCUGCAUUUCCAGUGCUACACCGUGAACCUAAACUACUACUUUAUGUAGUGUUGAGUCAAGAUGAGUUUCCCUUCGUUUGGCUGCCUUGCUUCUUGUAUUAUCGUUCACCAUAUAGUAUUAUUCAAUAAAAUGUUAUUUUUACACACUGAUAAUAGGUCACCAGGUUUUAAGAAUAUGCAAAGUCUGUUUCUUUUUUCCUUAGUAUGAAGGAAUGCAAAUGAAGUUUUUGUAACUAAUGUAAAAAACACAGGUUUUAUAGAAUUGUACAGUUAUGUCAAUGUUGCCUUUUUCCAAACAUACCCAACCUGCAUCAAAAAAGCCAUCUUUAAACUGUAGUAUUAAUAAUUCUGCCUGGAAAUGCUAAAAAAUUUAUACUGUACAACAUAUACUUAUUAGUCUCAAACUCCAGGUGAAGGAAAGCAAAAUUUUGCUAAAUCCUCUUAAGCAUUGUUAUAAAAAUAAGGGCUUUUAAAUUAAGGUUUUUGCUUUAUUCUUUAAAUUUUUUUUUUCCACUUAAAUAUAUGCAUGUUUCACAGCAACAAUCCAGUUUUGUUACACUUUUUGAGUAUCAUAAUGAAGAAUUCUUUGGCAAAACUUCACUUUCUCAAGCUGUGGUUUGUUUUUGUAUAUAUGAAUCAAAAAAAAAAAAAUGAAGGCAGUCCUCUUUAAAGUCUGGAGUUUGAGACAAAUUGCCAUUAAUAAAGCUUAAAGUUUCUCACCCUCCAA